CACCCUCCACAUCUCUCUGUCGCUGUGCAGAGCAAAAGAGAGCAGACGUUGGUUCCUGGAGAUACCCAAGGAAAACAAGAAAAUUGCUGCUGCUGCUUGUGCUAGAUGUUAACAUGCAGCACAGCGCGCCUUGAAUAUAACACACACUCACACACACACACACACAGACACACACACACACACUCCAUGUUGCUGCAGCCAUGCGAGGAAUACCUGCUGUAUAUCUGCAGCAUAGUGCAUGGGACAUGAUGGAUACUUCUCACACUGGUGUAAACUGACACCAGUGACAACAACAGAGAAUGAUGAUGGCGGAAGGGAGAAUGACUCAUCCCCAGCAAGACCUACUGCAUUCUUCAUCCUCCCCUCUGCUUUGCAGCACUGUUCCCUAAAGUAUACAUUGACCUUGACAUAUCACAGCGUGCAUGACAACCUGGCAAAAACCAAACUAAAACGGUCUCUGCCUCUCUUUGCCAUAAACUGGAAGACAACGGGGCUAAAGCUUCAGGGACCAAGGAUCAGCAGAAAUCCACUCUGUCUUGGUGCAAUAACAAAUGAGCUUUUAUUUUUGAAGUUAACAGUGGUAACAGCUGACUCCAUAAGGGCCAAUUACUGGCUGAAGGGAAAACGGGGCCAAGAUGAAGGAAACAACCGUUGUGGCUUGUUUGCUGGCUGAGCUGUCUCUAGCUGCUUUUGUUCUGGCCUCUGAGGGUGCCUCUCAUUGCCCUGCAUUGUGUCGAUGUGAGAUACGACCCUGGUUUUCUCCCAGCUCUAUUUACACUGAGGCUACCACUGUGGACUGUAAUGACUUGGGCCUUUUGGCACUGCCAGAUAGACUGCCCUCAGAAACACAAGUACUACUGCUACAAACAAACAACAUCGUCAAGGUGAAGGAAACUUUGGAUUACUUGGCCAACAUUACUGAAAUCGACUUGUCUCAGAAUAACAUUUCCUCUGUGAAUGAUGUUUGUCUGGGGUCUCUCUCCCAGUUGUUAUCACUCCACAUGGAGGAGAACUGGAUUCAGGAGCUUCCAGACAGUUGCCUCGCUUCUCUGCCCAAUCUCCAAGAGUUUUAUAUAAACCACAACCUGAUUUUCUCCAUUAGCUCCCAGGCCUUCCAUGGCCUUAGCAGGCUGCUGAGGCUGCAUCUCAAUUCCAAUCGACUGACAAGUAUCAACAGUCAGUGGUUCCAGCCUCUCCUCAGCCUAGAGAUACUAAUGCUAGGUGAAAAUCCCAUCCUCUCUCUGUCAGACAUGAAUUUUAAACCCCUGACUAACCUCCGCAGCCUUGUACUUGCUAGAAUGAAUUUAACUAAAAUUCCUGACAAUACUCUGGUUGGUCUGGAGAACUUGGAGAGCCUCUCUUUAUUUGACAACCUGCUUAAUAAAGUACCCCAAGCAGUGCUGACAAGAGUCCCAGCUCUGAAAUUUCUGGAUUUGAAUAAGAAUCCCAUUGAUAGAAUCCAGAGAGAUGACUUCAUGGAUAUGGCGCACCUCAAGGAGCUUGGCAUCAACAGCAUGCCUGAGCUUGUAUCCAUCGACAAGUUCGCACUGAACAACCUGCCAGAACUUACAAAAAUAGAGGCUACCAACAACCCUAGACUGUCCUAUAUCCACCCUCAGGCCUUCCACAAGCUCCCCAGACUCGAAACUCUGAUGCUCAACAAUAAUGCCCUGUUCACACUCCACCAUACUACCAUGGAGUCCCUGCCCAACCUGCGAGAGGUGAGUCUGCACAGCAACCCGAUUCGGUGCGACUGUGUAAUCCGCUGGGUAAACAUGAACAGGACCAAUGUUCGCUUCAUGGAACCUGACUCCUUAUUUUGUGCAGAACCCCCUGAGUAUCAAGGGCAGCAUGUUCGAGAGGUGCACUUCAGGGAGAUGACAGAGAUAUGCCUUCCCUUAAUCACACCUGGGGGCCUCCCAGAUCGCAUUGAAGUCAGUAAAGGGAGUUCAGUGUCAUUGCAUUGUCGGGCAUAUGGAGAACCAGAGCCGGAUAUCUAUUGGGUAAUACCAACAGGUCAAAGGAUCCUUCCAGGCACCGUGUCCAACAGAUAUUUCAUGCACCCUGAUGGAACUUUUGACAUCAAUGAUGCCACAUGGCAAGAAGCUGGCUCCUACACCUGCAUUGCCCGCAAUCUUGUUGGGGCAGAUCUCAAGUCUGUGCUCGUCUCAGUGGAUGGCUACACUGCCUUGCCUUCAAAACAAAUUUUACAUGUAUAUAUCACGUCUGUCCAGUCACAUUCUGUUCUUGUUUCCUGGGGAAGCAGGGGUGCUUUGCUAUCACAAAUAAAUUGCUCAAGUUUAUCAGAAGGCCGUCACCUCUUGAUGCCAUUCACAGCCAGGCUUCCAGCUGACAUCAAAGAAUAUCGCAUCAAAAAACUAAAGCCAUCCACACACUAUCAAGUUUGUGUUGAGGUCACAGCAGCACAGCUUGGAUACAUCAGGGGCUGUGUCAACGUGACCACAAAGGAGAUAGUGGUCCCAAAGGAGAUAACCCAGAACUGGGAUGGUCUGGUAAUGGCUACUUGUGCUGUGUUUUUUAUCAUCGUUGCUGUGGCUUGCUCUGUCAUCUAUACAUCUCUGUACACCCAAGUCUUUUACAGAAAACUGAUUGCAGAUCAAGCUGAAACAUUACUGAUUCCCAGCAUUCAUUCCUCCUCUUUGUCUUCUUUUCAUGAAUCUGGCAUGUCUGGGAUACAGGUGAGGGCAACUGUAAUAAACGUACUGGACAACUCCAUGUAAGAAACAUCCUUGUAUGUAAUUGGGAUGAAGUGAAGAUGUAAAGCGGGGGACACUGGACAAUUUAUGUGCCCUCCUUAAAUACCCUUUUGUCUGUCAUUUUUCACUGGAAUUCAGCAUUGUGGCAUCAAAGGAAGAUAAAUACACACAUCACAGAACUGGCUAAAGUCUGUUUUGUAUUUCAAAUAUUGCCAUUACAGCUUAAUCAGGCAGAUAUCUUGACUAUAAUCAACAUGGCUAAUGGUACAUUCAUGCGGUGCAACCAGAGUAAAGCACAGGAAAUAUUCCGUCUUAAAUACCUUGACGAAGCAGCUUUGAUGUCUGCAAAAAGCAUUUUCUUUGCUGUGUUACAUUAAAUGGUGCCUAGCAAAGACAGUUUAUUACAGCAGAAAAAAAUGAUGUACAAAAAUGACGACAAUGUAAACAAUUUUAUGAACAAAUACAUUUUUCAUUGAACCUG